CCACCAGUCCUCUCCACGUUGUUGAGCUCGCAAGAACAUACAUUUUCCACUUGGCUGCAAUGUCGGCUUAAUUUGGUCGAAAAAUGUUUUCGUUGCCGCUAAUAUUUAACUUCAUUCUGGUGGUGAUACUAAUCUGCGCGGUCCGAUUACCGUUCUUGCUCGUGCAUGGUGAACCCUCCUCCGAGGAUGCCUCCGAACUGUCCCAGCUGAAAGAAGUGUUCUACAAAAAUCUGCUGGCGGACUUUCGCGCCGAAGGCCUCGAUGGGAGCGCAGAACUUUCUCCGGAAGAGGAGGCCCGCAUGGAUCAACGAAUCCGCGGGUUUGUACGAUCUACAGGCGUUGGUGAAUCUGGAACAACCGACCGGGUGAAGCGAGAGUCGAAAAAUGUGGACGAGCAGCUGAUCGAGGCGGAUACCGCUGGAGGCGAACGCCGCUUCCUCAAGGGCUUCCACGAGCGUGGCUACGUUCCGGUCAACUUCCCUCUGGACAUCUGCCUGCUGAAAGUCGGUACGAAAGUGUUUGCCGCAUCGCUACACAUCCGCAAAUCGAAGGAAAGCUACUCCAACCACACCGUCGUGUCGUUCUACGUGCGGGAGGAAGGCCAGUUUCAAAAGUUCAAAGAGUACACCGCGAUCUUGGCCCGGAAUAUGGACUGCAUCUCGAACGCCUCGCUGGGCUUCGUGGCUAUUGUGAACUAUUACGACAACGCUCGCAACCAGGAUUCGCCGCUGAACCAUCGAGGGAUCGACGACGGGUCGCCGAUCUUCCAGAUUCAGGAGAACGGAACGACGGAGAUCGUGCAGAAGUUUAGCCAAUCGAACCAGAACACGGUGCACAUGUGGACGCACGGCAAUCACAUCUACCUGACGCACACGUACACGAACCUGGACGAGAGCGUGGCGAACGUGUGCCCGCUGUACCGGUGGUCCGGGUAUCACUUUGACGCGAUCGACGAACUGCCGUGUUACAACUCGAUACACAUCGAACCGUUCAUGAUCGCGGAGACGCUUUUUAUCGCGAUCGCCAACCAGAUGAACGACGAAGCGGUGGACGAGGACACGUUCUCGGACGUGUUCAAGUUUGACUACGAGCGGCAAAAGUUUGACUUUCACCAGAAGAUUUACGUGUAUUCGGUUUCGGACAUUGCGUACUUCUUCCUCGAUCAGGGCGAUGUGAGGGAGCACUUUUUGGUGACGGGAAACUCGCGAGCCGGGAAGAAGAACCGGAAGAAGCUGGACUACGACCAGCACUCGAUCGUGUACAAGUUCAUCGACGGGUUCUUCGUGCCGUUUCAGAAGUUUGAGCUGCACCGGGUGCAGCAGUUCUUGCCGGUGAUGCGGGAGAACGGGGAGUUUUUGCUGCUGAUUCGUUGCAAAGGGAAACCGCUGCAGAUCUACGAGUACGACGGGUGGAAGUUUGCUCCGUCGAGGAUCGAUUACACGCGGGAAGCGUUCGCCGAGGGAGUUUCGCACAUGCGCGUUUAUCGGCACAUUAUCAACGCCAGUGUGAUCGUGAUCGCGAAUAAGAACCUGUUUGGCAGUACGACGAACAUUUUUACGCCGAUGUAUGGCGUGGAGAAUGAUCUGAAGGAGGUUUACGGGCAGUUUAUCAGCUGGUGCGGGGAAACGACGGAUCGGUUGUCACAGAUGAACCUGGAGGAGAUUUACAACAAGUUGGAAGCGUUGCCGAAGGUGGACGAUGGGACGAUCAAGCUCGACAAGGACGUUGAGGUGAAGCGAUCGACGGUUGAGCACUUGCGGACGAAGGUGUUGCACACGGGUGGGUUCGUGUUUGAUCAGCGGACGUUCGACUACUUGAACAGCGUUCACAACCAGCUGGAGGGGUUGAAGCAAAAGGUGGAGAAGCUUAAAGCGAUCAUCGAUGACAGCUUGGGAUUGAACGAGACGCUGGAGGUGCGCGGGGAUUUGAAGGUACCGCAGGUGAUCGCGACCGGUGCACUUGUCAAGGACCUGAACGCUCGCAAUAUCAACGACGAGAGGCAACCACCGGUGAACGGAACGGAGGAGGAUGAAAUAAUAAAUGUCGAUCGACUGAUCGUAGAUGAUCGAUUGUCUGUUAAGUUCUUGAAUGGGUACGCUAGCGAGACACUGCUGCGUACCAAUGGUGAUCCUCGAUUGCUCAAAGAUGUAGAUUUGUACGUAAGCGAGGUGGAAGUGAGAGGUGAUUUGUUCGUAAAUAACCUGAUCGACGGCAUUCGCUUCACGCCGGAUAACGUGCUGAUAAACGGUGCAGAUCAGACGUUCUCCGCCAAAACCAUGUACGUGGAUCACUUGGUGGUGAAGAAUUUGGUGACGCCCAAGCUGAACAACACCGACGUGGAUCAGGUUACGGCGCUCAUCGAGCAGGCUUCCAAGUUGCGCUCGCGAUCGCGUGCCGCCCAGCAGGAUUAUCCGUCGCGACUGCGGGAGAUUCGCGUGAAGAACUUGACCUUGACGGGUUUGACGAACGAUGUGGACAUGGCGUACAUCGAUCAGUACGCGCUCAAGACGGUUGGCGAUCAGGUGAUUACGGCACCGUUCAACUUUGACAACAUUGUCGUGGACAAUGUGACGGCGCCGAACAAUCGACUGUCGGGGAUCGAUUUGAACUUUUUGGUGCUAACGGAGCCGACCAGCGAGUACCCGGACUUUAAGGUGCGCCAGGACGUGCAGUUUCUGAAGCCGGUUCAGAUGGACAACGUUCAGCUGUACGAUCGCAUCAACCACAUUCCGGUGAUCGACGAUGAGCUGCAGGUGCUGCUAAGGGAUUCCAAGGAACCACAGUUGAUCACGGGGACGAAGACUUUCGAUUACGUUGAAUUGUUGGGUCCGAUAUUCCUGCAGGGCAAGAUCAACAGCAGCAGCUUGAGCAAGCUCAAUCCAGUUACUACGAUCAACCAGGACGUCUACCUGGAGGGAGACUUUGAAAUAACCGGCGACGUAACGAUCGAGCGUCUGCUCAACACGUCAAACAUCUUCGGCGCCAGUCGGACGUACAACUUCGUCAACCUCUACGAGCACGGUCUCCCGUUGAACGCGGUUGGGUCCUACCAGAAUUUCACCUUCACGAAGCCGUUGAUAGUGGAGAACGCGUUCACCACCGACUUGAACGGGCUCAACCCGAACGAUUUCAUCCCGAUCAACUCGGACCGGGUGCAGCAGAUAACGGGGAAGAAGACGUUCCGUGGGGAUUUGAAGAUUCGAGGUGGCCACGUGGACGCAGCCAUGAUCAACCAGGUCGAUUUGAGGGUGUUGAAUGAAACGGUGCUGAAACGAACCGGUGAUCAGGUGGUUGAGGGUACAAUCCACUUUAAAGAGGUGGUAGCAAGUCAUGUGGUAGCCCAGGAGACGCUCUUCGAGGGUCGUCCACUGGACACGCUGCUGACUACGGACUCGAAGCAGCAGAUCAAGGCGAAUGUGAGGAUGGAGAACUGUCGGUUGACGGUGAACGGAAACUUGAAUGUUGGUAAUUUGGAAGCGACCAAUUCGACCAUCUUUGGGUACAAUCUGGACUGGAUGUUUAGCGAUACGCUGCAACGUCCGGGCUGUGGUUUGGGUAAUGAGACGGUGCUGGUGACCGGGCCAAAGCGAUUCCAAAAUGUUCAAGUGCGCGAGCUAGUGCUGCUCGAUCAAGCCUCACUCAACGGGGUAGAUCUGAUGGGUCUGCAGAAGAUCAGCGAUCCGCUGGAACAGGACAUAGUCAUUGAGGAGACGUUGAUUUUGAAGCAUCCAAUCACGGUGCGGAACGUGUUCUUCAACGGAUCCAUCAACGGAGUUCGGAGAGAGGAGUUUGGCCGGGCUUGGUUGCUGAACGAGUACAACCAGACCUUUACGGCACCGCAGAUCUUUGAACACGUGAUCGCGGAAAGGACUUACGUGGAUGGGUUCGUCAACGGGGUAAAGUUGGACGAGUUGGCUCAGAACGUGUACUAUCUGGACCAGAACGAGCGAGUUCCGCAUGCGAUUUUCCACGAAGGAGUCGUUUCGUACCAGCCGGUUACCGUUAAUGGUCUGAUAUCUGGACUCAACCUGGCCACCGACGUCCUGCUCGACCAAGCAUCGGAUCCUCAACAGCUCGAGGAGAUAAAAAUCGACGGCAAUCUGCUAGUCUCGGGCGAAAUCCACGUAUCGCACACCCUCAACGGAAUGAACUACGCCAAGUUGCGUGAGUUCACCACCGCCACUGGCAGCACUCCGGACCGUCCUAUGAAUGUGGAAGUGUACGGCAACGCGCACUUUGAAGUUCAACCGGAGAUCGUCACCCUGAACGGGUACAAUCUGGAGCAGCUCCAUCGGGACGUGUGGCUCGCCAACCGGGACGAGGUGCUAACCGGGAAUUAUCGCUUCGAGAAUGCACACUUUGCUAGCUGGGUUCACGCCAAGGGUCCCAUUAACAACCUGAACUUGUCGGAGAUUGCGCAAACUUACCUCAGCGUUUCCAAGGCGCAGAAUGUGACGACUCCACUGAUCUUCAAGGGUCCGGUGCGGUUCCGAAAGGCGACGAGCGCUCGCAGUGUUGAGCUCGGCGGACUGCUAAAGGGAUCGAUUGACUCAAAAGGAAUCGACAUCGUUGACUUUGACAAACACGUGCUGAAGAAAGACGUUCCGCAAACAAUCACCGGCAACUGGACGUUCCACAACGUUGAAGUUCGAGGACCCUUCAAUCUGACCACGCUAAACGGCCUCGAUCUGCGCCGGGACAUUCUCUGGCAGGACGCCACCGAGGUGGUCUUCACCGCUCCGAAGCAGUUCGACAACCUGCAUGUUCACAACAUCAUCUGUCCCGAUCCGUGCCUGAUCCAGGGGGUCGAUAUCAACGAGUGGUUCGCGAAUUCCGUUCGCAAGAGCCGGAAUCAUACGAUCGAGGGUGUGACUACGGUUGAGGCGGCCACGUUCCUGGGGGAUAUUGAAGUGCUUGGACUGGUGAACAAUGUGACCUUUGACCGGGAGCAUCUGCUGUUGAAGUCGGUUCCGCAGACGAUUAAAGGGGAUUUGACGCUGCGGACAAAGUUUCCUGAGUUGAAUUUGAUUUAUCCGUCUUCGAUUGAGGAGUUGGAGGUUGAGACGAUCAACGGAAAGAACUUUGACGAGUUUAUGGCGAACUUGGCCAGGAGAAACCAGGAAACGUUGACGGUUCGGACGCCGGUGACGUUGACGAGAACGUUGCAGGCACAGAAUGUGGACACUGGGAAUAACACCAUCUUCGGUGUUAACAUCAACCAGCUGCUGCGGGAGGUCGAGUACGGUGAUCAGCUGAGCAAGUACGAGUCAAAGUUGCGCAGUUUGGACAUGGUCGGACAGUCGCUGGUGGAGACGCUGCACAGUAAGACGCCUUAUUUGAGUCACUACGAGCGGAUCAAACCGUUGGCGGGACGGUUUCGUGAUGUGAUCACGAUCACGCUGCCGUUGUCACCGAGUCCGAUUGAGCUGCUGGCGGCCCACGUGGACGAUGGUAAUCGCACCGCGGUAGAGUUUUACCGCUGGAACAAAAAGGACGGCCAGUUUCGGGUUGCUAAAGGAUUCCCGCCCAUCACCUCGCCCAACAUGGCCAUCACCAACCUCAAACGGAUAUCCCUUGGCUACGUGCAGCACCUGUUUGUAGAAUUCUACGACCCGUCGCGACGCUCCUACCGCCAAACCAUCCUGGACCUGGAACCGCCAGACCUGGUCCUGCCCAAAAAGACGCCCAAGUUCAUCAGCAUCUACGAGUUCAACAGUACCGUCCCACGGAACGUCGUAUCCCUCCGGCUCCUCGACCUGGACUGCCUGGGCCUCUUUUCACCCAUCAAAGACGGCCUCGAGAUUCACUGUCUCCACCUGGAGAACCUGCUGUACUACAUGCGAUUCCACCAGGCCCUCUCCACGCCAGCCGUCCAGCAAGCUCUCCACCUAGACAACCGCCUAGUCCUGCUUAGUCGGAACGACCUGCUCCAAGUGUGGCGUCCCCAACCCAACUACCAACUCACACUCAACCAGCUGAUCAAAGUCCACGCGCCAAACUCACUCACGGUGGCCAAAUUCGACCACCAACUAUUCAUCGCCGUCAGCUCCGAACCCGACCCGGCCGUCGAGUCCGCCCACCACGGUUCGAUCCAGAUCUGGCGCGAUCAGCGGCCAUCGCACGCCAACGGUACGUUCACCCGCUAUCACACCAUUCUCACGAGCGUCCCCAAGCAGAUUCAGUUCAGCGUGCUGCCCGUCGUUGGGGAGUUGAUGCUGUACACCGUGAAGGACGACCGGUUCCAUCCGGUGGUCAUCUAUCGGUACGAGGGCGUCAGUGGGUUUGCCGAGUAUCUGACGAGCAAUGUGCUGAGGUUGGCAGGGAGGGAUACGAAAAUGGCGCUGGUAAAGUUGGAGGGCAAGCAGCGUGAACUGGUGGCGUUGGUCACGGAGCGGGAUGUAACGUUUAUCGAGGGUGUCGUUAAGGGAAGUGCGUGAUGGGGAUUACUUUUAGUUUGUGUUUUUGUUUGAAGGUGAGAAAUUGUUAUCGUUGAAUUUGUAUCGCGUUGGUUACAAAAAUAUAUCAAUGUUA